AUGAACGAAAGAGAGCUACGCGGAGUGGUCUGCCUCAUGCAGCCAAAUUCUAUCGAUAUCCUCAAACGUAACGAGGCUGAUGGGAAAGUGUUUUCAGUAACGACUUUUGAUGGCAGUGACAUAAUCCACGUUCGAGUUGCAAGGACAGACAAGAGUGACAAGUCUGUCCAAAAAGAUAUCUCGACGAGCGUUACAUUCAAAGUGUUUGAGGAGCUACCCAGAAAUUAUGCAAAACUUCAUCAGAUGGGAUUGUCAUCAGACAUCGUCCCAAUUGCAAACAUGUUGGCGAAAGUUACCCUUCUUGAAUUGUGUCGUGGUGAAAACACCGCAUUUACCUCUUUGGAGGAAGAUCUGGAUGGCUCAUUCUACAUGUGGGCUAAUCGCAGAGAGCCAGAGUUCUCUUGGUAUUCUGAAGAUAGCUUCCACCGGUCUAACGAGCCUGCAGUUCUGAGGUGGUAUCAACUGCAAAGCAGAAGAAGACCCGACUGCAUGAUCUGUUAAGACAUGGAAGGCAGUGCGAAAAACAGAGAAUUUUUCACCUCCGAAGGAUCUUAGUGUAACUCUGAUUACAGUUUGAAGAAUAUACCAAAAAUGUCUUAAUCGAUAAAAUCAUCAUCAAAUUAUGUAGUGGGGUGACGUUACUCAGUUAUCUUUGAGUUCUUGGCCGGCCUACGCAAAAUUCAGUUUUGUAUGGAGUAAACAGCGAUAUGCCUCGCCUUUUUUUUCCGCAUGUCUAGUAUACCAAGGAGUUCAUGAUCAGAACAUGAGAUUACUUCUAUAGCCAAUCUGAACCGCAAAAGUUUACAAAAAAAAAGCCAAUGAAAACUCAAAACAAAUGAAAAAAAGCUGAAGCCUAAAGCGCUGGGUAACUAAAGGUACCAAGUAGAAACUUAUUUUAAAGUAAUUUUCAAUAAGAGAAAAAAAAAAAAACAAAACCAAAGUAAUCACAAUAACCAAUCACAAAAAAGGUUAAAUCAUCAUUAACCAAUGAGAACUCAAAGCAGAAACAGGCAACCUGUGACCUAGCUAUGCAUUUGAUUGGUUGAGAGUGUGGUGUGAGUUUUAAGACCAAUCACUAAGAAAAGUGAAGCAAAACCAAACCAAUUCCAGAUUACGUUUUAACACUCAAUCACUGACUUGGUUUGUUAAGAAGGUGGCAUGAGUUUUAUCAACCCAUCACUGAGUAUUUUAGAACAACGUCAAUACAACCUUUAAUUUUUCCACACUAUUGACUCUGGUCUCCCUAAUUUAUUAAUUAGUUCAACUCUUUAACCCUAAAGUGUAACUGGCCCAUAAUUCCCCCGUGGAUCAAAUAUAACAGUCAUGAGAAGAAAGAAAAUGAUCAUGAAUUCAAGGAGCUACUGAUUGUCAAAGAAAUUCUCCCAGGAAUUGUAAAGCGAACAGUGUGGAGAAUAUGAAUACCAGUGUUAAGGUGUAAAGGGUUCACCCUUUAACUCCCAUAAGUGAUGGAGACAGAAAUUCUCCUUUUAAGAUCAAUACAAUAUCAACCAGAUAGGUGAUGAGAAUAAAGAAAAAUGUCAAUUUGGGGAUAAUUAGUUGAUCCAAUACUAAAUUCUCUGACCUAGCAUUAUAAGAAUUGUAUGGUUGACAAUAAGGAGAAAGACAAAUUUGAUCUGGGAGUUAAAAGGUUAAGUGAUGAGACAAUACCUUACAUUAGAAAGGAAACACAAACUAAAACAAAUAUUUCUAUUUUCACUUCACCAAAAAAUGCAUAAAUAUGGGUACUACUAUAAUAUUUUUCACAAUCAAACAGUUAUCAUAUUUGUGAACAGUAGCUCUUAAGUUAAGAAAGGUUUGUAAACAUGUUUGUGUUGAUUUAACAAUAUGAUACACCC